AUGAAUUCAAUAUUAUUAUUAAGUUUAUUCCUUACUCUUGGAAGUUGUGUUGUGUUACGUUUACCACUCCUAAACGAAGAUUCAAAAUUUUUUACAGUUAAAAGGAGAUAUGUUCGCGGACAAUUCAAUCUAAUUUUUUACGAAAGUAUAAAUGAAAAUGAUGUUAUCGACAAAGUAUAUUACCAUGGUGUAGAAAUAUAUCCGGCUGACUUGUCUGUUCUUGGAGUUGGAUAUAAUCAUGAAUUGAAUGUUUUUAUUAGUGCCAUCUUGAAUCAAGUUCAAAUUGAUAAUUUCACUGAGUUAUUUACUGAAGAACAACGAAAUAACAUUCGUGUUCAUCCCAAUUACCAACGUAAAUUUAGAAGAUUAGUAGUCGUUGGGAAAAUCUCAGAAAAUGUGUUUAUAUGUGUUGUAAACGUAACAUGGGAUGGUCAGCAGGCAAUUAAAAAGGUUGAUAGAUUUUAUAAAUACGACAAUGACGUGGUAGAUGUUAUUAUGGAAGCCCAAGAUCGCUAUAUGAGAAUAAAAUAUGAAGAAAAUAUACCAAAUAGUUCCAAAAUAAUAAGGAAUAUACUCAAAAGGGACCCUACAAAGGUAAAGAGCUAUGGUGAACUAGAUGAAGUGGAUGAUGAUUCACAGUUAGGAAAAGGUGUCGACAUAAAUGAAGAACAAAUCGAGAAAGAAGUAGAACAAGUUAUCAACAAGCCUGGAAUCAGUGAAGCAGAUUUGAGAGAGGCAGGUCCUAGUGGACUCUCAUCUAUGUUAAGAAGAAAACUAAAACUGAAUGAAAUUAGUGAAGAUACUGAUUCCUAUUAA